AUGGCCCCUCGGAAUAUCAGAGUCAGCUGGAAGAGCAUUGUUCUUGGGGAUGGAUCCUUACCAAGAUAUCAGUUCCAAACAUGGCUAGCUCUGCACCAGAAACUCGCCACUGUGGAUAGGUUGGAAAGAUGGGGCAUUCAUGUGUCCAAAUACUGUGUUCUAUGUGAUUCAGGAGAUGAAGAAGACUUGCCACAUCUACUCUUCAACUGCGUGUAUUCCCGACACAUUUGGGAGAAACUAUUAGGCUGGAUAGGUGAAAAUAGACAAGUCCAAAGUUGGAUCCAAGAAAUGAGCUGGGUCACACAAAGAGUGAAGGGGAACCGAGCUCGAGUAGGUAUUCUGAAAUUUCUGUUUACUUCCGCAGUUUACCAUAUAUGGAGUGAACGAAAUGCUAGGAGAUUUCAAGGCAAUAUGAGAUCAAGCCAGGACAGGCUAAGGGAGAUUGUGAGGCAGCUGCAUCUGAAAGGGAACCAGCAGCCAAAGUGGAAGCAAAUGUUAGCACAGCUGAACAACUAUCCAAAUUAA